AAAGCUUUCUUUUCCAGAUACACGUCGGGGGAAGUGAGGUUGUGGGACACGCGCACCUGGGACUACACAGCCCCCAUCCUGGAACCAGUGCAGGGUCCUGGUGAUGCUGGACCUCAGCCACAUGUCUCCUUUGUGAGGAUAAACAGCUCUCUGGCUGUAGCAGCUUACGAGGACGGUACUGUGAGUGUUUGGAGCCUGAUGAUAGGGCGCGAGCCAAUCCAUCGCUACCAGCAUAACCAGAGGAUACAGGCUUUAGCUCUGGGUUCCAGGGGUGCAACAGUAGCAACAGCAUCUGGCUUUGAGGUCAAGGUGGAAAGCCCUGAUGACAGGGGAUUCUGGCAAACUACAGGAACAUUCGAAAUCCAGAAAUUGGUGAACUUCCUUCAUCUGGUUCCAGAGGUCUGGGACAGUCCGGUGGCAGUAGCAGCUGCAGAAGAUGUUGUGUAUCUGCUGAAAGGAGAAGACCCUGGGAAAAUCCUUCAUUCUGUCUAUGGUCAGCCUGUCACAUGUCUUGAUGUCUCUGCUCACGAAGCAGCCUUUGGGGUCAAAGGCUUUGGCUGGAUACUGAAUGAGCCCAACCAGAUUCUUCUUUACAACCUGGAAACGAGUCAGUGUCUAAAGAAGCUAGGCAACUCCAUGGGUGACUUUACAUGCGUCAACCUCCAGGACAGUCCUCCAAACAUGCUCGUUACAGGCAAUAAAGACAGAAGGGUCCGAGUGUACGACCUGCGCAGGAGCGAAGCGCUGUGCUCCCUGUAUGCCCACCGCCUGGGGGUGUCUGCAGUGCAGAUGGACGACUGGAAGAUCGUCAGUGGGGGAGAAGAUGGGUUGGUGUGUGUGUGGGACCAGCGGAUGGGCACCAAGCUCUGGGAGAUGCAUGCCAGGCAUCCAGUGCGCUAUGUGUGGUUUAAUUCUCACAGCCUCAUCACUGCCAACAUCCCUGAUGAGAAAACUCCCCGAGGUGCCAGCAUCAUGGACGACGACCUCACUGCACACCGCAGGCAUCGUGGAAUCAUCUAUGCCUACGAGUUCUCUGUGGACCAGCUGGCUGUAGAGAGCGUCCUCCCCAUCUGCCGCUCUUCCUACGACGAGGUGAUGGGUUACAACUACAACAUCAGCCUUGCAGUGCCCUACGAUCACAUCUAGGUAACUCACCUGGCUCAGCACUCUGCCACAUGAGAGGCCGAGGGCAAAAGGGCGAUUCAGAGGGGCUGAGCACCAGCAGGACUUGUUGGCUGCAGGUGCGUGGGGAGCACUGAGCUUUAGCUGAAAACGUGGGGCUGUGAACUACAGCAGAGCAGGGCUGCCCUCCCCUUCUUAUUGCUAGAACGUGUUGUGCAAAUGUCCAGAGAUCCUCUGCAGAGGAACAGGGAGACUGAAGGAUGAGGGGGAACUGUGCACUUCGAUGUGAACAGAAGCGUUCUGUCCUGCUGCUUGUGGGAGGAAUGCUGCAGAUCCCAUCCUGGCCGAGGGCAUGGGCUGCUCGGGGGGCAGGAAUCCUGAUGGCAAACUGCUGAGAUGGGAGAGAGCAGCAAGGAGGGCACGGCCUGCAGGUGCCUCUCCUGGGGCAGGAAAAAUGGGAUUUGGAGAAAGCACCUUGCUGAGCCCAUGUGUCUGGCAUUGCUUUCCUUAUAAUGAGCUGCUCACUGUUCUUUGAGUGCAUCAGGAUGUGUCUAGAAACAGGCACGGGCACUGAAGAUGAUGGAGAGAGGAGAGGCUGAUGGGGAGGUGAAUGUUGGCCGUGUCCAGCCUGGAUGACUGGAAACCCACAGCAAGUCACACACAUCAAAACGGUUUUAAAACGAAUUAUUUUUUUAAUUCUCUACAAUUCUAAAUUAAAUGUUUUCUGAUUCUAUA